AUGGCGGUUUGGAUAAGGAUACCAGGAGUUCCAAGGGAGUUUUACACACACAAGGAUUUGUGGAGAAUGGGUAAUAUGGUGGGUCGUACCUUGAGGAUUGAUGAAAAUUCUUUGAGGAUAAGCGGUCAAGGUCAGCUUGAGGAGAUAACGGACAGAGGCAGAUUUGCCCGCAUUUGUGUUGAAAUUGACUUGGGUAAGAGCUUACUAUCAAAAUUCAGAAUCGGUCAGAGGCAACUCUAUAUAGGGUAUGAAGGAUUGUACCUAAUUUGCUUCCUUUGUGGACAAUAUGGGCAUAGAAGAGACCAAUGCUCUUUUAACUCGGCUAAUAUGAAGAAAGCGGAAGGGGGUGCUAGUGAGGAAGCUACCUGUCACCAUAAGGUUCAGGCCCAGGAGGGAACUAAUCAGGGAAAGGAUGUGGAAAGGAGCCAAGAAGUGGAUGGGUUUGGACCUUUAGAGGAAGACAAUGGAGGUGGUAGUCCAAAUCCUACUGUAGCUCAGCUUGGUUUAGAAGGCAGUAAGGGGAAGUCAGUUGGGGAUUCAGGUAACCAGAAAAGGGUCCAAGGUGGGAGGAAGAAGAAGAAUAAUGGGGAUAGUGUUCUGUAUCUGCAAGCAAAAGGAGGAGAAGUCUCCAAACCGAUUAAGAAAGGGGGUAACUCUCUCUCCAUAGGACAAACCAAAAGAGUGUUCAAAGUUCAGGUUGGGAGAGAAGCAAUUCUUGUGAACAAGUAUCCUAAUCUGGUGGGAAAUCGUGGUGAGAAAGCAGCCAGCUCAUGCAUGGAUCCUGGUGAGGGAGGCUCGGAUGGACCUAAUAGUAGCAGGGUAGACAUUACAACCUUGCAGAAGUCUGGUCUGAAAGAAAAACCUCUAGAUGGAGGGGAUGGUGGGAAGUUGGUGAUUCCUGAUGUGAGAGAAGCCAUGGUGUUGGAUGACAUAACAAAUGCUACGGGGGGGAGACCAAGAACUUCUGAGCUGGUAGGAGUGGGGAAAAAAGGGUUCUCCACUCUUAUUAAAGAUCUUGUUUACCAGAAUAUGAUUCAGGUUCUGGUGCUUUUGGAGACCAAAAUCAGUGGAUCCAAGGCUGAUCGGAUUGCUAGAAGUUUAGAAGAGGACCACCAAUAUGUGCAUACUAAAUUGUGUUGGUUGGGAUCUGGAGAUGAAGAGCAAAUUACAUUUGUUUAUGGGAGUCCUAGAUGGCUCGAGAGGAAAGUGCUUUGGGAGAACUUGGGGAGAAUUGCUGGGUAUGAAGAUGGGAAAUGGGCAAUUAUGGGUGAUUUCAAUGCCUAUGUGGAGCAGGGAGAUAAACAAGGAGGUGCUGUAGUGAAUUGGGGGAGUGUCCAAGACUUUGUGGACUACCUUAGUGAUUGUGGGCUUUCUGACUUGGGUUACACUGGUCCUAAAUUCACUUGGAGAAGAGGUGGAUUACAGGAAAGGUUAGAUAGAUUGGUGGUUAAUGACAAUUGGCUUCUGGAAUACCCCAACAGAUCCAUUUCUUAUAUCCAUUUCCAUGGAUCUGACCAUAGACCAAUUGUCCUGAAAGAUGACUUGCUGGAUGGAGACUCUGGUGGUAUUAAGCCAUUUAGAUUUAUGACAGCUUGGAUGAUUGUUGGCAGCUUCAAUGAUGUGGUGGUUGACUACUGGGAUAGAAAUGCUAAUUGGAAUUCGGCUAAAGAAAAAUUUAAAGUGGAAGCUUCUAUCUGGCAUAAAAAUGAGGAGCUUACCUGGUACCAAAGGUCUAGAAGUAAUUGGUUGGCAUUUGGGGAUAGAAAUUCUAAAUUCUAUCACUCAGCAACCAAAGCAAGGGCCAGGAGGAACAAGAUUAGGGCCCUUAGAAAGGAGGAUGGAAGUUGGGAGGAGAAUUUGGAGGAGUUGAAAAUUCUUGUUAUCAAGUUCUUUAAGGACUUGUAUAUGGAAGACUGUCAAGUUCUUCAGAGUGGGAGUGUUGUCAAUUAUUUUCCUGUUAUUGAUAAUUAUCUGUGGAGGAGAAUUGGUGAUAUUCCUAGUAGGGAGGAAAUAAGGAGCACCUUCUUUAAGAUGCAACCUUAUAAAGCUCCUGGAGCUGAUGGCUUGCAUGCUGUGUUUUUGCAUACUCAAUGGGAUAAGGUAGGGGAGUCUGUUACUAAUUUUAUAAUUCAGAUUUUUGAAGACCCCAGGAAGGUGGAAAGCAUUAACCAGACUCUGAUCUGUCUAAUUCCUAAGAUUGAUAAUCCAGAGUUGGUUAGUCAAUUUAGGCCUAUAAGCCUCUGUAAUGUGAUAUAUAAAGGGGUAACCAAGCUGGUAGCUUCUAGAUUGAGGAACCACAUGAGUGCUAUUAUUAUGCCAAACCAAUGCAGUUUUGUGAAGGGUAGGCAUGCCUCAGAUAAUAUUAUCAUUAGCCAGGAGAUUUUUCAUUCGAUGAGAUCUAAAAAAGGCAAAAAAGGUUGGAUGGCUGUUAAAGUAGAUUUAGAGAAAGCUUACGACAGGGUUAGUUGGUCUUUCUUGGAGGAGACUUUGGUGCUAAUUGGGAUGGCUAGUUCCUUGGUGGAGUUAAUAAUGGCUUGUGUUACAACUUCUUCUAUAAAUAUCUUGUGGAAUGGGAGUCCAACAGAAGAGUUCUCACCUGUGAGAGAGAUUAUACAAGGAGACCCUCUAUCUCCAUACUUGUUUGUUUUAUGCAUAGAAAGAAUGGGACAUUUGAUCAAUUCUGCAGUUGAGAGGAAGGAUUGGAAACCGGUGAAAUUGGGGAAGCAGGGCCCACCAAUAUCUCAUCUCUUUUUUGCUGAUGACCUCUUAAUCUUCUCAGAGGCCAAUAGGGAUCAAGCUAACCUGAUUUCAAAUAUUUUGAAUCGGUUUUGCUUGGCUUCUGGUCAGAAAAUUAGUUACAGCAAAACUAAGUGUUGUUUUUCAAGGAAUGUGAAUCACACUAAAAGGAGGCAACUGAGCAGUAUUAUGAGUUUUGACAUCUCAGUUGACUUGGGUAAGUACCUUGGUGUCCCUGUUCUUCACAAUAUGGUCAAUAAGCACACUUUCAGCUACACUUUAGAUAGAACUAAUGGUAGACUGAAGGCUUGGAAGGAGAAGACUACAAAAUCAGUGCUGGCUGCUAUGCCCACUUAUUCAAUGCAAACUGCCUUGCUCCCUUUAGGCACCUGUUAUGCAAUUGAGAAGAAAAUGAGAGGCUUUGUUUGGGGUUCCAAUAUGGGGAGAAGGAAAAUACAUGUCACUCCUUGGGAUGUGAUUUGUAGGAGUAAAAAUGAUGGUGGGCUGGGCAUAAGGAAGUUGAGAUUGAUGAAUAAAGCAUGCUUAAUGAAGAUUGGUCACGGGAUUCUGACCCAUAAGAAUGAUUUAUGGGUGAGAGUCUUAAAGAAUAAAUAUAAAGUGGGAGAUGGCUUGAUCAUGAAUCUGCCUAGGAGGUCUGGUGGCUCUAACUUGUGGAUAGGCUUGGCUCGAGUUUGGCCUAUGGUGUAUGAAGGGUCCAGAAUCAUGGUGGGUAAUGGGAAUGAGAGUUCUUUUUGGGAUGAUAAAUGGCUAGAAAUUGGACCUCUUAGGGACCAUACCAUCCAAGAGAUCCUUGUAGAGUUUCUUGAAGCCAAGGUAGUAGAUAUGGUGAAUGCUAAUGGGGAGUGGAGAUGGCAGGACUUCAGCCCCUUGCUUAAUUAA